CAGGGUGGUGUGGAAAGCGGAGGCAGAUUAGUAGAGGGGUGGAAGAAUAUAAUUAGCCCGAGCAACAGAAGGGGAUUUGUGCCCCGGCGGCUGCCGGUUUCCUCCAGCUGGGAAACCUAUGCGGCUGUCAAUAGUUACACUUGCAAUGAGGUCUGUGAGUCCGAUGGAGUGAGCGUGCAGAGCGCAGCAGCACAAGAUCUAUUCUUGCCGGUAGCGUGACCGCAUGCAGACGUUGUGCAGUGCAGUGACUCAGCAAUUUAAACCUGCCAGCUUUGCCCCCAAUGUGGAUCUGCCGAAAAAGCCGCUUUAGUGAGGGGUGCACCGUGGAGGUCUCACCAUCGCAGGAUGCAUGCAUGUCUGUCUGAUCCUGUACAAUCCCAGAAGUGAACCUUUCCAGGAUCCUUCUUAUGCCUGCGCUGAAAGUUUGUACGAGAGUUUGAAACUGUCAGUUGGCUCCAAAUGUCUCUGCACGAGUUCUUGCGGGAAGGCGGCGAGGCGUCGUACCGCAUCAUGAACCGGCUCAGUCUUCUGAUACAGAACUUGGACAUCUCGGGAUUGGGCUCUUCUUUUCCUUUCAGUCCACCCAGUCGUAGGAAUUCCUGGAGAGAGUGGGAUGAUGAGAUCAUGCAAUUGGACAGCAGCCCUCUUCGUGCUGCUGACAUCACUCCUGAACUCAGGAGACAAUUUGCUUUUCUUUCAGGAGGCAGAGGAGACAAUGGCAGCCCCAUCAUCGUGUUCCCAGAAUUCCCAGCCUUCAGUGAGAUCACCGACAGAGAGUUUCACAAUGUGCUUACGUACCUGACAAGUGUACCCAGUUUGCCAUCAACGGACGUGGGCUUCAUCCUCGUCAUCGAUCGUCGGCAGGACCGAUGGGCGGCCGUCAAAGGGACCCUGCUUCGGAUUGCGGGUGCAUUCCCUGGAAACCUCCAGCUGGUUCUGGUCCUGAGGCCCACCACUCUUUUCCAACGCACACUCUCUGACAUCCUCUUCAAGUUCAACAAGGAUGAGUUUAAAAUGAAAGUGCCUGUGAUCAUGCUUAGCUCGGUGAGUGAGCUUCACUCCUACAUUGACCACACGCAGCUGAGCCAGGACCUCGGGGGAACGCAGGCCUACUGUCAUGAGAAGUGGAUCGCUCACCGCACCGCUAUCGAGGGCUUUGCAUUGAUGGUAAAGAAGAUGGCCCAGGCCCUGCAGUCAUUUGGCGCUGAGCUGGCUGAAGCAGAACUCCCCAAUGAGACCCAGGCCACCACCCUCCUCCUCAGUGCACACUGCUGCAAGAAAGAUCAGAUGAAGGAUGAUCUGCUGGUGGCUCUUAGCCAAGGCAGCAGGCUUUUGGAGAGCAUCAAUGAACCUCUGAUGCGCAACCCCGACCAUAACAUGAACCAGGAUGAACUGGAAAACCUGGCAACUGUGCAAAGACUGCUGUCUCAGUUGGACGAGACCGAAAGAGCUUUUGACGAGUUCUGGGCAAAGCACAGAGCCAAACUGGAGCAGUGUCUCCAGCUGCGCCACUUUGAGGAUGACUACAAGGAGGUGAGGCUUCUGCUGGAUCAGUUGUCAGAGAAACUGGCCGCUUUCUCUGAGGUGGGGAUUAGCCACAACCACGCUGACCAUAUCCUCAGUGAUCUCACCAUCUUCGAGGAGAGCGUCGGCGAGGCAUUGGACAGAGCUUUGGCUUUGGCCGGUGAAGGUGAUGACCUAAUUCAGAAGAAUCACUCCGCUCAGGAUUCCAUUGUGCCGAAAAGCAACGAGCUACGAGCGCUCUGUCAGGAGCUGAAUGACAACUUGAAGGCUAAGAAGGAGCUGCUCCUCAAAGUCCGAGAGUUGCAUCACUUCUUGGAGAGGGCUUCCAAGUGGUGCGAUGAUGGCAUUUACCUGCUGGCCUCUCAGCCUGUGGACAAGUGUCAGUCCCAUGAGGGGGCUGAGUCAGCUCUGCAGGAGCUGGAGGGGUUCCUGGCAGACGCAGGCCGAGACAGACUGUCUGAUCCCAAUAGCAUCUGGGCGGAUUACGAGGCCGUGCUUGACCAGCAGCUCAGGGAACAAGUGGAGAAGGUGCUCCAAAAGCAGGUGUCAAUGCAGGAGAUGUUUGACAAGAGGAGAGUCAGCCUGAACAAACUCGCAGCCAAGCAGACCAGACCAGUACAGCCGGUCGCUCCCAGACCUGAAGCCUUCAUUAAAUCACCUCUCAGCUCUCCUGCACAUCGAGGUAAACUGGAUAGAAGUCACUCUGAGGGAAACAAUGAAAGCUGUGGCAAAGGAGACAGGCACUUACUGAACGGAGAGGGUAAACUCAGACACGGCUCUUUGUCGGAGGAGGAGGAGAACCUGGCAGUGCUCAGGAGGCACGUUAUGAAUGAGCUGCUGGAAACGGAGAGGGCUUAUGUUGAGGAGCUGCUGUGUGUCUUACAGGGUUAUGCCUCUGAGAUGGAUAACGCAGCCAUGGCGCACCUUAUCCCCCCACAUUUACAGAACAAAAAGGAGGUUUUGUUUGGCAACAUGCCAGAAAUCUACCACUUCCACAAGAGGACGUUUCUCAGGGAGUUAGAAUUGUAUGCAGACUGUCCAGAGCUAGUUGGGAGAUGUUUCCUGGAAAGGAUGACAGACCUGCAAAUCUACGAGAAGUACUGUCACAACAAACCUCGCUCCGAAAGUCUCUGGAGACAGUGCUCCGACUCCAUCUUCUUCCAGGUAGUGUCAACACAUGAUGCAUGCGUUUAUUCUUUGCUUGAGUGUUUGACAUCUUUAUUUCACAAUCUUUACCAGGAGUGUCAAAAAAAGCUGGAGCACAAGCUUGGCUUGGAUUCCUAUUUGCUUAAGCCUGUGCAGAGAAUAACCAAAUACCAACUGCUGUUAAAGGAAAUGUUGAAGUACAGUAAAGGCUGUGAGGGUACAGAUGACCUGCAAGAAGCUCUGACAUCAAUUUUGGGCAUACUUAAGGCUGUCAAUGACUCCAUGCACCUCAUCGCCAUUACAGGAUAUGAAGGCAACCUGAGUGAGUUGGGCAAGCUGCUGAUGCAGGGCUCCUUCAGCGUGUGGACGGAACACAAGAAAGGCCACGCCAAGGUCAAGGACCUGGCCCGCUUCAAGCCCAUGCAAAGACACAUCUUCCUGCAUGAGAAGGCCCUGCUCUUCUGUAAGCGGAGGGAGGAGAGCGGGGAGGGUUACGAGAAGGCUCCUUCCUACAGCUUCAAGCAGUCACUCAGCAUGAACGCUGUGGGGAUUACGGAAAAUGCUAAGGGAGAUAACAAGAAGUUUGAAAUCUGGUGGAACUCCAGAGAAGAGGUCUACAUUGUGCAGGCACCGUCAGCUGAAGUGAAAACAACCUGGGUGAAGGAGAUCAGGAAAGUUUUGACAACUCAACUGGAAGCGUGCAGAGAAGCAAGUCAGCAGAGGGCGCCAGAUCAAGCUACGCAAGGCCCCCCAGUGGCAGGAGGAACAGAGAAUCAAAGCGCCAGUCCGUUCAAGAUGGGCCAGAGAAGUUUGAGGAAAGGAGACGAGAGGAAAGCGGAGCACUGCGGCUUCAAUGCUAAUUCCUCUCCUUCGCCAAAGUCAGCAGGAAAAGAGAGAGCCACAAGCCCGACCUCAGACAGAAGCGCCGCGGCUAAAAAGCGCUUUACUUUACAGGGCUUCAGUAACCUCAAAGCUCAGAAAGAGCCGCCGAACACAGAUGAUAAAAGUUUCACCUUGCCCAUCACCAUUCUGCUGUGUCCAGGAUCCCCGACCAGCCCGGAUCAGAAGACUAAGCGGCAGAGUGACCCGACGCCGUUCGGCUUUAAAGGCUGGAACAAGUCUUCUCUCUCCAUGGGUGCGUCGGAAGAGCAGGACGGCUACUCCAGCGGUGAGGAUCCUCUCAACUCUGACCCAGAGGACGAGAGCCCUAAGAAGCUGUGCACUGGUAAAUACACGGCGACGGGCGACUACGAGGGUUCCACCCAAGAGCUAGCGGUGAAAAGCGGCGACGUAGUGGAGUUAGUGAAGGAGGGGGAGAAUGGGCAGUGGUUAGUACGUAACCUGAACACCUCCACAGAGGGCUGGAUGGCCACUGCAAAUUUGGUUAACCUCAUUGCAAAGUCCAAGUCGUGCCAGUCGCUCACCAGCUCAGAAGGCAGUGGAUCAGGACACCUCAGCACAUCAUCCAGUUGCAGCGAAACCUGCACGCCUUUUACGGACAUCAAAUCCUGAGCUGGCCAGCACCUCCCUCAUGUGUACCCACCCACGCCACUCCCUCUCUCCUGAAAUGUCUUGUGGCUGUCGUGUCCGUAUGUGUUAACAUUGAUGGCUACCAUUAAAACCAGCAUCUUUUCACUCAUCCACAUACAAGGAUCCUGCACUGGAGGAACAUAGUCUAUUUUAAUGGCGUACAGUAUUACUGUAUGUAACGGUGAUGUUAUAGAUGUAAUGGGCCAGCAGGACUGAUCUCAGUUAAUGCAUCUAUUGAUGGAAGUGGGCCAGCAGGACUGAUCUCAGUUAAUGCAUCUAAUGGUGGAAGUGGACCACCCCUAAUUACAUCACACGUGAAUUACUGUAAAAUCCAGUGAAAAGCACCUGUCUUUUGCAAAAAAAAAAAUUUAAACCAAGGAGGCUUUAAUAAGCAAUGAAAAUCUUAAACAUUGUUUAAAUGUUUACUCGUGCAAUGGCCAGUACCAAGGGCUUGAUUUUUAGCACAUUUUUUACACAGUGUAACUCGAUUUGCUUUACUUACUGUAAUUAAGUACAUUUGAAAGCAAUUACAGAGUUAAGAGAUUUAAAAACAAUGUUAAGAAAAAAAAAUAGCGUCCUAAAAUUCCUUAAGUGCAUGAGCAAGAUUAGAAUCCUUUCAAUGACCGUAAUCCUAGAUAUAGGAGAAAAGCAUCGUUUAAAACCUGGAUUUAUAAGCAUUUACACUUUAUUGGUAUGUUUUGAAACUAUAUUCAUUCAUAUGAUUCACCCUGAUAAUAAAAGAUAUCAGCAUAUCUGGGGGGAUUUCUUAUACACAAGAGAAAAAAAUAACUUAAGCGUGCUUGUGGGGUAUUAAGCAUGGGUGUGUUCUUCAUUCGAUUUUUACAGUAAUUCCACUGCAAGAGCACAUUUUAACGUGACAAUUACAAACAGCUUAUUUUGCUGCUGUAUUACAUUUUUAUUUGUAAGAAAUGCAACAAAAACACAAAUGCUGCUUCACUCACUUUAACUUCUAAUAUCUUAUUUUUGUACUACUUUGUUUGUCCUUCUCUGUCGUUAGAAUAUUUUCCCAUCAGUGUAUUUCAUGGACACUAAAAUCUACAAAAGUGUCAUAAUCAGAGGUGACUUGUAUAGCGCUAACUUAUUCCCUUCAUGCUCUGAAUGUAGAUAUUGUUGAUUAAUGCCUGUCACAAGAUGUUUAUUAUUGGAGCUGCUAUACUGUACAUUAUUUAUGGUGAUGUCACUGCCCUGUGACUUUUUAAAAAUAUAUAUGUAUAAAAAGAAAACUUGAUUAUAAACUCGUGUUUUGUUGUUUUUGUGAAUAUGUUUCAAAAUAAAAAUAAAUCA